UCACGUGAUGGAAAAAAAGAAAAGCGGAAAAUUCAUUUUCUUUUUUUCAUCAAACCAGAGAAGAGAAAAAAGUAAACAAUGUCUCUGAUAUUCUAAUUUAAUUCUCAUUGUAUUAACCUAAUUGUUCUGUUAAUUGUGAUCAUGUUCACUUGUUAAUCUUCUACUUGAGGUGAAGAUUAUCUUUCGAUCAUCUAAUUGUUAUUGUGAUCUUUUCUUAGAAAUUCAAUGUUACUCUCUUACAAUGUAAACAUUUCAUUUUCUAUUGAAAAUUAAUUCAAUGGAAAUUACAUAGAACAUGUAAAUGUUUUCUAUUCUAUUUAAUUAAUUCUUAUUACCUUUUACACUCAUCUUGUUUCUCACUAAUCUGUGAUCCUGAUUAAACAAAGAGAAAUAAGUGAGCUAAUAAUCUAAUAAGGUUGUGAAUAUGGUACCUGAUUGAAGUCUUUGGGUUGGAGAGAGAAUUGUUUUUGUCACCAUGAAGCGUUUCUGUAAAAAUCUUAAUCAAACUUUCCCUGAUCAUGGAACUACAAUUACAUUCAUUGCCUACAUUGUGCUCUUUGUAUUUCAAGGUAUUCUCAUGAAAUCAUCGCAAACAUCGGACAAUACUUAUGAUUACAGUACAAUUGGAGCAGUUCUGGUAACCGAAUUUGUUAAAUUAAUCACAUCAAUUUGUUGGUACUUGAAAAAUAGCUCAAUCAAAGAUUUUACCAUUGAUCUGAAAAGCAAUAUAAAACUUUUGGCUCUCUAUUUUAUCCCAUCGUUACUCUACUGCAGUUACAACAAUUUAACUUAUAUUAAUCUUCGUAAUUUUGAUCCAACAACAUACAAUUUAUUAUUACAAUUUAGAGUUGUACUUACUGGAAUUAUCUAUCAAAGUAUUUUUCGUCAAAAGUUAACCAAAUGGCAAUGGUUCUCAUUGAUUGUCUUAACCACUGGAUGUGUAAUCAAAAAUUUAGGAUCUCAUGGAUCAAAUCAGUCAAAUCCAAUAACAUUGAGCCAUUUUCUUCAGAAUUUACUUCUUCUACUCUUUCAGCUCAGCUGUUCCUGUGUCGCCGGUGUUUUCAAUGAAUAUUUGCUUAAAAUCACCGGAGCUCAAUUGAACAUUGGAAUGCACAAUAUUUUCAUGUACAUCGAUUCAAUUAUUUGCAAUAUUGUCGCUUUAAUCUAUUUCGAUGGCACCGAAUCAAAGUAUCCCAAUCUUGAUUCUUUCGUCUCUCUACUCAAACCAACUGUGAUCAUUGUGAUAAUCAAUAAUGCUGCUUCCGGUAUCGUUACUAGUAUUUUCUUGAAGAAACUUAAUUCGAUCCUGAAAACCUUUGCCUCCGCAAUUGAAUUGAUUCUAAUCGCUUGCCUGUGUUGGAUAUUAUUUUCCAUUCCAAUUGAUAUUUAUACAGCAAUUUCCAUUGGAAUUAUAUUCUAUGCCAUUUAUUUACAGUUUAAACAUCCAAUUAAACUUAAUUUAAGUCCACAUCAUCAGGAUUCAUCAAUCAAAUCACAUUCAAAAACUCACCAUUCAAUAGACAAUAAAAAUAUCAAUUACACUGAAUUAAAAAAUCUCGAUGAAGAUGAACUAGUUAAUCAAAAGGCUAAAAAUAAUAACAAUAUUCACAUUGUCUAAAUCUAAUAUAAUCAUAAACAAUUAUAUUGUUGUAAUUUAAUUCGUAUUAAUUGUUGUUUUUGUUUCUCUUAUCUAAUAAAUCAUCAUAAAAAUAUUAAA